GAUUGAAGGCUUUGGCACCUAUAACUUCCCCACCGACACCCGCUACGAGGGGGAGAUGAAGGAUGGAAUGUGUCAUGGCAAAGGUACACUGUUCUUUCCCAAUGGCAGUCGUUAUGAUGCUACCUGGGAAAAUGGUAUUGCCGUUCAGGGAAAGUACACAUUUGCUGAUGGUUUGGUGUACGAGGAAGAAGAUUGGAAGUACUGUGAUGGAUACGACAGAAGGUUCUACACAGAAAUCAUCGGGAGCCUAAUGCCAGCCG